UGUUUCAAUCUACAAAUAUUCACUAUCUUCAAACCUCCAGCUCCAGCAGACUCCAAGUCUAAUGUGACAAUAAUAAUGAUUUUAAAUAAACCAGGAAUAUUGAUAACUGUGUCCAGUUACUUAGUGCUAUCUAUAGCUCUAUCGACAAAGUUCUAUAAAGCAUCUAAGUCUGUUGUUGAUGAGCUCUUCCAUUUGCCACAAGGUCUAUCAUAUUGUCAUCGAGAUUUAAGAACAUGGGAUCCAAAAAUUACAACAUUGCCUGGUUUAUACAUCUUCUCAACAUUGAUAUGUACCUUUAUUGGAAAGUGCACAAUCUCAUGCUUAAGAAUAACUAACAUUUUAGCAUCUGCUAUCAAUUUAAUAUUAUUUUAUGUAAUAAGGCAGCAGAUACAUCCGAAAUGCAAAUUUCCAUUGUUUAAUGCUAUCAAUUUGGCAUUGAUUCCUCCACUUCUAUUCUUUUCGCAACUAUAUUAUACUGAUGUACCAAGUGUAACCAGCAUUCUUGGAUUAAUAUAUUUUUGCAAUACUGGACAUUAUGUACAUGCAUCAUUAACAGGUUUAAUUGCCAUUUUAAUGAGACAGACAAAUGUCUUAUUUGUGUUUCUCUUCGCUGGUUUGAGACUUUCUGGUUUGUUGUACAACUAUUUGUUCCAUGAUAGAAGAUUUAUAAAUAAGGAUUACAAAAUCAGCAAAAAAGAUAUAUUUAACUUAUGGCAGAAUGUCCAAACCCCUGAUAUUAUCAUAUCUAAAUUCGUACAUUUACCAAUGAAUAUAUGUAUUGAGGUAGGUUGCUUUUUGACACUGGCAAUUAGCUUCAUUACCUUUGUGAUAAUUAAUGGAGGUAUUGUAGUUGGAGACAAAUCUGCACAUGUUGCAACUCUUCACAUUCCUCAGUUAUACUACUUCAGUAUAUUUAGUUUAUUUUUUGGUUGGCCACAUUUCGUUAAGUAUAUCAUUCCCUUCAUUACUAGUAACUUAAAAAAUGUUUAUAGUUUCUUUAAAUUUAUUUCUACCAUAUUCAUUAUUUACAUCUUAUAUUUAUAUACACACACCACUCAUCCUUAUCUACUAGCAGACAACAGACAUUACAUGUUUUAUAUCUGGAAGAGAUUCUUCAACUGUGAUUUGUAUCAUUUCUUGUGGAGCCCAAUCUUUUACUUUAGUUUAUACACAAUAUUUCAGAAGAUCUACAAUGAAAAAGAUGUCAGAUUUGCCAUAUUCUUUACAUUCUCUUCAUUCGUUGUUUUGUGCUUCCAAGCUUUAGUCGACAUUAGAUACUUCUUGAUACCCUACGUAAUUUUAAGGUUGUAUAUGAAAGACAUCACCAAACUUCAGUUAAUCGCUGAACUUUUAACAUUCGUCUUAGUCAAUUGUGCAACGUUUUAUUUAUUUUUCACUAAAGAAAUUAUAUGGAAUGACUUUGCUGAUAUUCAAAGACUAAUUUGGUAAUAAAAAUACCAUCAAAAAUGUUACCAUUGUUUCUUUAUUUAAUAUAUCUUGUAUAUAAUUCGUUCCAUGUAUUUCUGAUUGAUAGCUUAAAUCUCUCAUGGUUCUUUUUAAAUAGUGUUCUAGUUCUAUAGAAAUCAAGUCAUUGAUUG